AUGGCAAUCACAGCUCUACACGGAAGUCAAACGAUGGCUGGUGCAAGCUCUAGCCUUGUUGUAAAAUAUGCAGAUACGGAAAAAGAGCGACAGGUUCGACGUAUGCAGCAGAUGGCAGCGCAGAUGGGUCUUCUAAAUCCGGUGCUAGUAAAUCAGGUCGGCGCACAAUACAGUGCUGCAUAUCAGCAGGUUUGUUAAUU